UAAAGCCGGACCCUCCAGAGAGUGUGGUGGCCAAACCUGUGCCAAAUAACCCCCGGAGGCUGGAGGUGUCGUGGCAAAACCCCUCAUCCUGGCCUGACCCCGAGUCCUUCCCACUCAAGUUCUUCUUGCGCUAUCGGCCCCUUAUCCUGGACCAAUGGCAACACGUCGAGCUGUCAGAUGGGACAUCACACACCAUCACGGAUGCUUACGCUGGCAAGGAGUACAUCAUCCAGGUGGCGGCCAAAGACAACGACAUCGGCACGUGGAGCGACUGGAGCGUGGCCGUCCAUGCCACCCCCUGGACGGAGGAGCCCAAGCAUCUCACCACGGAGGCCCAGGUCACAG